AAUAACGUGUCCAACACAACAAUCAAUCAUUUAUUAAAAAUGUCUAUCCGUGCUCUUUGCCCUGAAUUAGCCGAGAAGGCUCGUGUAGAACUAAAUGAAGAUCCUAAAAGAUUAGCUGAAGAUUUGCAACAUUUAAAAGAUUGGAUAGCAAAACAACCGCAUUUAAGAGCUAGAACAGAUGACCAAUGGCUGGUAAUAUUUCUUCGAGGUUGCAAGUUUAGUUUGGAAAAGGCAAAGCAAAAACUGGACCUGUUCUAUACGUUUAGAAAUAUGGCUCCCGAGUUUUUCCGGAUAAAACAUACCAACCCACUUUUCGAAGAUAUAUUUAAUAAGGGAAUUAUGAUCAUACUUCCAAAACCGAUUGGACCUGAUUCACCAAUCGUGGGAAUCUUCAGACCUGGAAUUUAUGAUCCAACAAAGUAUGACAUAAUGGAUGUCAUGGCUGCUACUAACAUUAUCCAAAAGCUAGUAUUAGUGGACAACGACAAUGCAAAUGUGGCUGGUUUCCAGUCCAUAAUGGAUUUAGAAGGUUCUACAAUGGCGCAUUUUACACAAAUGUCUCCAUUCCAAAUGAAGAAAAUGAUGGUGUUUUCUCAGGACGCUGCACCGAUACGUAUGAAAGGGUUCCAUUAUUUGAAUACCCCAUCAGGAUUUGAAACCGUGUUCAACUUGUUCAAGAGUUUCAUGAAUGAGAAAAACAGAAGUCGACUUCAUGUUCAUAACAAAAAUUACAAUGAAUUGUACAAGCACAUCCCUAAAGAUGUAUUGCCUGCUGAAUACGGUGGAAAUGGUGGCACCAUUGCAGAAAUCCUAAAUUACUGGAGGAAAAAGGUCCAAGAUUACAGCGCCUGGUUAGAGGAAGACGACACAUUUGGCGUGGACGAAUCCAAACGGCCUGGGAAACCUAAAACUGCUGAAGAUUUGUUUGGUUUAGAUGGCACUUUCAGAAAAUUGGAGUUUGAUUAAUUAAUUACUAAUUACAUAGCAAAUAUUACAGUAAU